AUGUCAGUUCAGAGCAACGUUCCAGCGCAAACAGAAGAGAUCGAAGAAAAUCAAGUGGAGUUGUCGACCUUUUCCGUGUAUUCCUCGGUGUUUCCGGCGUUAACUGUCCUGUCUUUCCUCUGUGCUGUGGUCGGGUCGUAAGUGUCUAGUGUAAUAUAAAAUUGUGCUCGAUCUUGGCUAAAAUUUGUUGUGGAGAACUCUUGUUGAUCUGUUAUGUCCUAGAAAUUCUCAUUUUUUACUUCACGCCCUGAGGCGCUUAAAAAUCUCGUUUUUAUUUUUGCUUCCGCACUGUGCAGAUCCACAGGGGAGCUGAUCCAAUGGCAAAAAAUGUACCAUUUUGCAUCCGAGAAGUAUCAAAAAUGUGGCAAAAUGCUUCCCUCUCCAAGUGAAAAAACUCCGAUUUCAAUAAUGUAAAAGUAAUGUAAAAGGGCGCGCCCUUCAAAAAAUUUUUUUUUUCCACUUGGAGAUUGAAGCAUUUUGCCACAUUUUUUAUGCUUCCCGGAUGCAAAAUGGUACGUUUUUUGCCACUGGAUUAGGUCCCCCACUGUACAGGGUGAACCAAAAAAAAAUAGAAACUCAUAUUUAUAGCCAUGUUUCAAAAGAUACGGAGAAUUUAACGGUGAAAAAUUAUUUGGCUAUCUCAAGGUUUUCGCGGCAGGACCCAUGGAAAAAAGUUUCCAUUUUUUUGGGCCCCACUGUAAAAUCAUCAUUUUUAUCAUUUUGCCCGAUGCACUCACAAAAUUCAAUAUUUUCAGAUUCUACUUUACCCUAUCCGACAAUCACUACAUCAGUUAUCUUCCGUCCUUUAGUGAUAUUGGAGAUCUACCGCCGGAAAGAUGCUUCUUCAGCUUCUUCAUGAACACCUCGGCUUUCUUCUGUAAGUACAAUAAAAAUUGAUGACUAAAGACUGGAGCUUCUAGGGCUAUGCACUGCCUACUUCAUCUAUGUGACACUGACCGUCCAUCUGCACACUUUUAUGGAGAUGCAAGCCACUUGGGCACUGACAAUCGUCAUCUUUAACACGUUCGGCUUGUUUAUUGGUGUUGGGAUGGCUAUAAUCGCCAAUUUUCAGGUAAUUCCUUCAUGUUUUGAAGUCCUAAGUUCUCAGUAAUCCUCUACCAACUUGAUCGGUUAUUUUUUAUUUUUUCUCUCUCCUUUAAACCAGAGUUUUGGUCGAGUUUUACCCUGUUUUAAUCUAAAAUACCAUGUUUUUUACUUAUUUUAGGCCUCCAGCAUAGGAUUUGUCCAUAAGCUGGGCUGUGGAGUAUUCCUCUUGUCCGCACUCUUCUAUCAAUGGGGCUACAUUGCGAUUUGUUUCAAUUUGAAACCGAAACUGGAGCCAAAUUAUCGACCAAUCGUCAUUUCCAGGAUUUUUAUUGCGCUUUUGUUCACUUUGAUCUUGUUUAGUAAGUUUUUUAAUAACCUCCAUGACAUAUUUUACCAUGAAAAGGGGUUAAAAGUCGUUUUUGAACACUUCGCAGGGCUUUUUCCAAAACAAAAUGUUUUCGUGGUGGGACCCAAAAUUUUGUUUAAUUUUGCUCAAAUCAACAUUUUGAACUUCGUUUUGGGGCAUUUCAGUACUAAAAAUAAAAUAUGUAAUUUCAGCCCGAGCCGGUAUGACUUUUUAUCUUUCCCCGGAGGGAAACAAAACUUUCGUCUCGACCAUCCGCAAUCCCAACGUCGAAAACAGCACAAUGACCCUGUAUUUGAAGCAUGAGAGCUCGCUGAUCAUCAACCAUACCAUCGAAUGGGCGGCGCUGGUCACUUUCAACCUGUUCGUCUUGACCUUUACCUCCGAAUUGGACGGAUUUGACGUGAAAACGGUGGGAAAAGUGGUGGAAAUGAGGGACACUGAUGGAGGACCCUUGAACAACAUGCCCGACCCGUUGCCAGUGGUACCGUUGGACGCGCCAGACCUUGACAGCCCAAAGAGUCCAAAGACAGCCCAGCCAACGGCUAACUGA